GAAUGAGUUCACUUCUACACACCAUAAAAUUUCGAAUUUAGGAGGGAAAUAAAAUCAAUAAAUGAAACCAAACAAACAAACACAAAAACCAAACAACAACGGCGGCGAAAAUGGCCGCUAAUACUAACAGUAACCUCUCCAGUUUAAUACACGAACUCCGAGAACGCAUAGCCGCCUCCUCUUCCACGCCGUCAAACGCCACCUUCGACGACGACGACGCUUUAGGAAACAGAUUCCGCGCCGUCCUUCCUAAUCUGCUUCACUCCUACGUCGUUCCUUCUUCCUCCUCCGCUAGUGAGAGAGAGGUGAUUGCUGUUCUGAAGUUAAUUUCUCACAUUGCGAAGAAUUUUCCUGGAUUCUUUUAUCAUGGCAAGGCUACUGCUGUUUUGCCUGUUAUCGGUCGGAUUUUGCCGUUUUUCGCAGAGCCUGCUUUUCGCUCGCGACACGGGGUGAUUUUUGAGACGGUUGGAUCUCUUUUGUCAUUGCUUCGUAUUGGAGCACGAGAUGCAUAUUGUAAAUUUUUCAUUGAUGCUAUGUCGGCCGUUGAAGAUCUUCUGUAUGCAGCAUCAAUUUCUGCUGAAACUGCUGAUGAUUCAGGCUGUCCUAGCUUAAAUUUGAAGUGUUUCUGUACGUCCUUUGCUGAAGUUCUCGGGGAUCCUACUUGUCUUGCUGAUCUUCCUACCAGCAGUAAACCCCUUGAUGGUGCUGGUAUCUUGAUCAACAUUACGGGAAAAGAUAGGUGGCAACCAUUAGCGACGUGGAUGAUUAAGCUUAUCAGCAAAUGCUUAACUGAAGGCACUUUAUAUGUUGAGGGGCUCGUCAAUAUAUCAAAUGUUUCAUCCGCUUGUUCUAUUUUGUGCUAUGGAGAUGCUGACUUGCAUAUGGCUUGUUUUGAUUUUGCGCGCGUGAUUGGAUCUGUUAUAGAUGAUGAUUUCAUUCCUCAUGAGAAUCUGAUCCAGUCAAUUGCUGUAAUAUUAAGUGAGGACAAAGAGGGACUUCCUGUAUAUAGAAAUUUGGUAUAUGAUUCCUCCAUUGGUGGUUGCCUUAGUGUGUUGCAUUCGAGUUGUCAUGAUGAUGUUGUAAAAUUGACGGCAACUAAUUUAAUGAAAGUUUUCCCUCUGUCAAUGUGGAGAACCAAAAGCCAAGAACUUAAGGUGGCUUUAUGCAGUGUUUACAAACGAAUUGCAAGAACUUGCCCCCCUCAUAUUUGGAGACCUGAGUCUCUGGUACAUAUACUUUGUUUUCCAGAACCUUGUCCUUCCUUGAUAGAUUGCCUUCAUGUUACUCUCACAAUCCUCGGCCAUGAGAGGGUUGGAGGGGGAGCCUUAAAUAAUGACAGUUUGGGCUUACCUAAAUCACAUGAUGGACCAAUUGAGAAUUCCAAGAUUGGAGAUAAGAGACGUGCUCAGAACUUAAACACUGUCCAGAUCAAGCGUCUGAAGUUUGACAAAAAUAUUAUGGCUUAUGAUGCUGAUGUACCAGAGGAGACUAAGCUUACUCAUAUAUUAAAUUCUGAGAGGGAAGGAGAAGAAUAUGCAGACAAUAUGCAUGCAUUUCUUAUUUCUUUACUUGACAUUAUGCACGCUCCUCCUAGACCUGAUUCUUUAAGACCAAAUGUUGCACUAGCAGCUCUUAGUAUGCUUUGUAUUUCCUUUUCUAGAUACCCGAUGACCAAUAUGUCAUUCUGCAUCUUCCAGCAAAUGCUUUCAUGGAUACCGUGGAUAUGCGAGCAGGCAAGACAAGGAAUUUCAGUGAUAUUUGACGUUCCCACCUACUUGGAAGGAAUUCACAGUAUUUUGGUUAUGCAAAGCACUCUUCUCAUGGAGGACAAGCCUUUCAGACUUAAGGACGAUUAUGUGGAUCUUAUACACAUGGUACUGAAGCUGCCAUGGACCCACUCUCAUAUGGUCGGCGGACCACAUCCUCCAUGGAAAGCAAAAUGUACCUCUAUUAGAGUUUUAUCCAAGCUUGGUCCUAGUUUUAAAACUGAAAGUCUAUUUGAAGUCUUCGAUUUGGGUCUUCAUGACGGAGCUGAAGAAGUUAGACUUGAAACUAUCAUUUCAAUGCCAGUGGUUGUCUGGUGGUCAGGUCUUGGUGUACUUGCUCAAAUGUUCGAAAGACUGGAAUUCCUGGCGACAGAGGAACAUGACAAAGUUAAACAGAUCAUUCCCUUUUCUCUUGGUUUCAUGUCGUGCUUAUAUGGAUGUUGCAAUACUGCUGAUGGUCAUAGUAGAUGCAAGUUUUAUUUGGCAAUUAAUGAUGAGAAACACAGUCAGACAGUAGACCAUUUACUGCAAGGAUUCUGUUGUUCAAUAUGUGAUAAAAGAAUCGUGCCCAAUCAUGGAGUAUAUUCUAAAAGGAUACAACUUCCUGAUAUCUCAGGUGGAGAAGUGGGUGUCAAUUGUAAUUUCAUGCAUCUCCAGUCCCUAUUUUUUAAACUUGUUUAUGAUAAUUCCUCGGAAGAUGUUCAAGUUGGCUGUGUGAGAACCAUCCGGCGUAUUCUUCUGCAUGCUACUGCUGAUACUCUUAUUAAAACGAGAUCUGAAUGGAUUAUAUGUGUUGAAUUUUUACUACUUAACACACAGAAGGAUGUAAGGGAAGCAUUUUGCACUCAGAUCAGUUCCUUCCUCGAUGAUCAAGUGCUGAGUUGUCUAUUUCUUGACGGGGUUUCAUCAAAUAAAACUAAAGAACGUAGAUUUUUGGAUAUACUGGAACAGUCGUUGGUGGCAGCUCAGGAUCCACCAACUAUUGAGACUCUUCUUGAAUCUACAGCAGAAAUUAUGGUUACAGUUGAUAUCUCCAGUCAACUUUUCUUGAAUUCACUAAUCUUGUUGGUUGAUCGACUUGAUAGUCCACAUCUUACUAUAAGAAUGAAUGCGUCUAGGCUAAUAAAAAAAUCCUGUUUUUUCCAUCUUAAAGGAGGAUUUGAAGUAAGCCUCUCAAAAGCUGUUCAUAUCCGAAAUGAACUCUUUGACUAUUUAACAAUGAGUCUUGCAAGUCGACCAGCAAUGGUCAGAGAGUUUGCGGAAGCCUUAUUUGAUGUUGCGAUAGAUGAACUUGUUGAGAAAAUGAUUCCAAUAGUUCUCCCAAAGCUCGUGGUCUCUCAUCAAGAUAAUGACAAAGCAGUUCCUGCAUUACUGGAGUUGGCCAGAUAUGGGAACGAUGAUAUGGUGCCUCUUAUAGUGAACUGGUUGCCGAAAGUGCUCGCUUUUGCUCUCCAUCGGGCAAAUAGGCAGGAAUUACUCUCCACCUUGCAGUUUUACCAUGAGCAGACUGGUUCCGACAACCAAGAAAUAUUUGCAGCUGCACUACCUGCACUUUUAGAUGAACUUGUAUGCUUUCAAAGUGGUGGUAAUAUCGUUGAGAUAGGUGAAAGGUUAUCAAGAGUGCCUGAAAUGAUAAAAGAAAUUGCCAGAGUUCUGACAGGGGCAGAAGAUCUUCCAGGCUUUUUAAGGAAUCAUUUUGUUGGCCUCCUUAACAGUAUUGAUAGAAAAAUGCUUAAUUCAGAUGAUUCUUCGGUACAGAAACAAGCUUUGGAACGCAUUAAAAUGUUGAUUGAACUGAUGGGCUCUCAGCUCAACACCUAUGUCCCAAAACUAAUGGUUCUUUUCAUGCAUGCUAUUGAUAAAGAAUCACUUCAAAGUGAGGGUUUAUCUGUAUUGCAUUUUUUCAUUGUGCAAUUGGCAAAAAAAUCACCUUCUAGCACUAAACAUAUAAUUUCUCAAGUCUUCGCUGCCCUGAUUCCCAUUUUGGAAAGAUGUAAAGAAAAUCCUUCCAUGCACUUGAAUAAAGUUGUGAAAAUUUUGGAAGAACUUGUGUUAAAAAACAGAAUUAUAUUGAAGCAGCAUAUCUGUGAGUUCCCUCCAUUACCUAGUAUUCCUUCUCUGAUUGAAGUAAAUGAAGCUAUUCAGGUAGCACGUGGGUCAAUGAUUCUGAAGGAUCAACUAAAAAAUGUUGUUAAUGGUUUGAAUCAUGAGAACUUGAAUGUGAGGUAUAUGGUAGCAUGUGAGUUGAAGAAGUUACUGAACUUGAGAAGGGAAGAUAUUACAGCUUUGAUCACAGGUGAAGUUUCUGCAGACAUGGAUGUUUUAAGCUCUUUAAUCACAUCUUUAUUAAGAGGAUGUGCAGAAGAAUCAAGGACUCUGGUGGGGCAGCGGUUGAAGUUGGUCUGUGCAGAUUGCCUUGGAGCAUUAGGUGCAGUUGACCCGGCCAAGGUGAAGGGGCUUUCAUGCCAACGCUUUAAGAUUGAAUGUUCAGAUGAUGAUCUCAUCUUUGAGUUGAUCCAUAAACAUUUGGCUAGGGCUUUUAGAGCUGCGUCUAAUACUGUUGUUCAAGACUCAGCUGCAUUGGCUAUACAAGAGCUGCUAAAAGUUGCAGGCUGUGAAGCAUCAUUGGAUGAGAAUAUCACUGCUUCUUUGCCACAACCAAUGAAGGAGAAGAGUACUGAAAACAGUAGUGGGAUGAAUACUCGGGGUCAGAGACUGUGGGACCGCUUCUCCAACUAUGUCAAGGAGAUAAUAGCCCCUUGUCUAACCUCUAGAUUUCAGCUUCCAAAUGUAGCUGACUCAACAUUAUUUGGUCCAAUUUACCAUCCUUCAAUGUCAUUUAGAAGAUGGAUAUUUUUAUGGAUUAAGAAACUGACUGCUCAUGCCACCGGAUCUCGUGCAACCAUAUUUAAUGCUUGUCGCGGUAUAGUGCGUCAUGAUAUGCAAAUAGCAAUUUAUUUGCUGCCUUAUUUAGUUUUAAAUGCUGUUUGUCAUGGUACCAAAGAGGCUCGCCUUGGUAUAGCUGAAGAAAUCCUAUCUGUUCUUGACGCAGCUUCCUCAGUGAAUAUUAGUGCUAUGUGUCAUGCUAUUAGUGGUUCUGGUGGCCAAAGUGAAGUUUGCAUCCAAGCUGCAUUCAAUCUCCUAGACAAUCUAGGGCAAUGGGUGGAUGAUGUUGAGCAAGAAUUAGCUCUUUCUCAAUCUUUCCAGUUACCAGCUUCUAAGAAGCAAGCUUCCAGAACUAAAGAUCAAACUUCUGUUUCUGUGAUAGAUCAAGGUCAACUCAUUUCACAGUGUAAAUAUGUUUCAGAGCUUCUGGUUGCAAUUCCUAAGUUAACUCUUGCUAGAGCGUCCUAUAAGUGUCAGGCUUAUGCGAGGUCUUUGAUGUACUUUGAAUCUCAUGUACGCGAAAAGUCUGGCUCCUUUAACCCUGCCGCUGAGAGAAGUGAUGUUUUUGAGGAUGAAGAUGUUUCCUUUCUAAUGGAAAUAUACAGCUGUUUAGAUGAACCUGAUGGUCUAUCUGGCCUGGCUUGUUUACGUGAAACGUUAAGCUUACAGGACCAGCUCUUAAUUAACAAAAAGGGAGGAAACUGGGCGGAGGUUAUGACUUUCUGUGAGCAGGCUUUGCAGAUGGAGCCAACAUCAGUUCAUAGGCAUUCAGACGUUGUUAAUUGUCUGCUAAACAUUAGUCACCUUCAGACCAUGGUCACACAUGUGGAUGGUUUAAUUUCUAGGUUUCCUCAAUACAAGAAAACAUGGUGUAUGCAAGGGGUGCAGGCAGCAUGGAGGCUUAGCAUGUGGGACUUGAUGGAUGAGUAUCUUGGUGGGGCUGAUGAAGAAGGUUUAGUAUGUAGCAGCUCUGAGAGUAAUGCUUGGUUUGAUUUGAAUGUUGCAAAGAUUCUCCAGGCUAUGAUGAAAAAGGAUCAAUUCUCAGUUGCUGAAAGAGUAGCAUUGUCCAAACAAGCUCUGAUCGCUCCUCUUGCUGCAGCAGGCAUGGAUUCCUAUACACGGGCUUAUCCAUAUAUCGUCAAACUUCACUUGCUAAAGGAGUUGGAAGAUUUCCAUACAUUUCUCGGUGAUGGAUCUUUCUUGGAUAAAAAGUUUCAUCUGGGUGAUUUGGAAUUAACUAAAUUGAUGGAUAACUGGGAAAAUCGGCUCAGAUUUACGCAACCUUCUCUUUGGGCAAGAGAACCACUUUUAGCUUUCCGAAGAUUGGUGUUUGGUGCUAAUGGUCUUGGUGCUCAUGUGGGAAAUUGCUGGCUUCAAUAUGCAAAGCUCUGUCGUAUGGCUGGUCAUUAUGCGACAGCAAAUCGAGCAAUUCUAGAGGCCCAAGCUUCUGGUGCACCUAAUGUUCACAUGGAAAAGGCCAAGCUUCUGUGGAGUUCUAGGAGAUCAGAUGGUGCUAUUGCAGAACUGCAACAAGCUCUCCUGCACAUGCCGGAGAAGGCUAUAGGCUCUGCUUCAAGGCUGUUAAUCACUUCUCUUUCAGUGGUUCCACUGAAUCCCCAACCUUCGCUUUGUGAUGCUCAAGCUUUAAAUGAAAAUCAAGAUAUUGCAAAGACUCUUCUGCUAUACACUAGAUGGAUUCAUUACACUGGACAGAAGCAGAAGGAAGAUGUCAUAACACUUUAUUCCAGGGUGAGAGAAUUGCAGCCAAAAUGGGAUAAAGGAUUUUUCUAUUUAGCUAAGUAUUGUGAUGAGGUGCUUGUUGAUGCCAGGAAACGUCAGGCAGACAAUUCUGAAUCUACUACUGAAAAGCAUUGGUGGUUUUAUGUACCUGAUGUAUUAUUAUUCUAUGCCAAAGGGCUUCAUAAAGGCCACAGAAAUCUCUUUCAAGCACUUCCAAGGCUGCUAACCUUAUGGUUCGAUUUUGGGAGCGUUUAUCUUAGAUGUGGCUCAUCAUCCAAUGAAGAAGUGAAAAAGGUUCAUGGGAAGGUAAUGAGUAUCAUGCGAGGCUGUUUAAAGGAUUUACCAGCAUAUCAGUGGUUAACAGUAUUGCCUCAAUUGGUUUCUAGAGUGUGUCACCAGAAUGAAGAUAUUGUUAAAUUGGUCAGAUGCAUCAUCACAUCUGUCCUCCGGCAAUACCCACAGCAAGCAUUGUGGAUUAUGGCAGCUGUCUCAAAAUCCACAGUUCCUUCAAGAAAAGACCAAGCUACACAAAUUAUAAAUGACGCUAAGAAAGGGUUUGCCCAAGGAUAUGAUGGGAGCAAUUUGUUUGUUCAGUUUGCUAGCCUAAUUGACUAUCUGAUAAAGUUGUGCUUUCACCCGGGCCAGCCAAAAGCACGAGCAAUUAAUAUUGCAACUGAAUUUAGUUCUUUAAAGAGGAUGAUGCCACUGGGAAUUAUUAUGCCCACCCAGCAAUCACUCACUGUUAGUUUACCGGCCUAUAAUGUCAGCCCUACGGACUCAUGUACCUCUGAUGUAUUCUUUGCAUCAGAUCUUCCAACAAUUUCAGGAAUCGCUGAUGAGGCCGAGAUUCUUUCAUCUCUUCAACGACCUAAGAAAGUUGUUCUGUUGGGCAGUGAUGGUAUUGAACGUCCAUUUCUCUGCAAACCCAAGGAUGACCUGAGGAAAGAUGCUCGAAUGAUGGAGUUUAAUGCAAUGAUAAACAGGUUAUUGUCCAAAUAUCCUGAAAGCCGACGAAGGAAACUCUAUAUCCGUACCUUUGCAGUGAUUCCUUUAACUGAGGACUGUGGUAUGAUUGAAUGGGUGCCUCACACUCGUGGAAUCCGGCAUAUACUUCAAGACCUAUACAUAACAUGCGGAAAGUUUGACAGGCAGAAGACUAAUCCCCAAAUCAAACGAAUUUAUGAUCAGUGCCAUGGUAAAACGCCAGAAGAUGAGAUGCUUAAGAACAAGAUACUUCCAAUGUUUCCUCCAGUUUUUCACAAAUGGUUCUUGACCACAUUUUCUGAGCCAGCAGCUUGGUUUAGGGCCCGCAUUGCAUAUGCACAUACUUGUGCCGUUUGGUCAAUGGUUGGACAUAUUGUGGGGCUAGGUGACCGACAUGGUGAAAACAUUCUCUUUGACUCUACUACAGGUGAUUGUGUUCAUGUUGAUUUUAGUUGCCUAUUUGACAAAGGAUUGCAGUUGGAGAAGCCUGAACUGGUGCCUUUUAGGCUAACUCAGAACAUUAUUGAUGGAUUAGGUAUCACUGGAUAUGAAGGCAUAUUCUUACGGGUGUGUGAGAUCACACUUUCUGUACUGAGGACACACAGGGAAACCUUGAUGAGCGUUCUUGAAACUUUCAUUCACGACCCUUUGGUGGAGUGGACAAAAACUCAUAAAUCCAGCGGAGUAGAAGUUCAGAAUCCGCAUGCACAGCGAGCCAUUAAUAAUAUUGAAGCAAGGCUGCGAGGAGUGGUUGUCGGUGUUGGAGCUGCACCCUCUUUACCUCUUGCUGUGGAAGGCCAAGCACGCCGAUUAAUUGCUGAAGCAGUGUCACCCAAAAAUCUUGGAAGGAUGUAUAUAUGGUGGAUGCCAUGGUUUUAGUUCUUAGAAUCUGAGUUUUUGCUGGAAGCUCUUUGGUCCGCCAUAGGCCUUCUUCUUGUUGAAGAAGAAAGUUACCGCAACUGCCAGUCUUCCAUGACAUUGACAUGAACAUGUCAUAUUGAAGACUGAGAAUAUCUGUUUUGAUAGCAAGCACGGAAUUUUUGAGGGUAGAGAAAUCAUUAAGAAAUUUUGAAGGUGACAGACAGACAGCUCUGGGAGUUUCAACUCCUUCGUUGCACGGAAUUUUGUUGCUGGACCAUCAAAUGAUCUGCUCGUGCGGUUGGAAGUAUGUAUUUCUAACUGUCGAAUCAUAAAAAGUUUUGGGCUUACAUAAGAGCUAUCUUCAAUUGUAUAUCUUUCAUGCAUGUCGUACAUGUAAUAGUUCCCGGUGUAUAGCAAUGAUCAGCACUUUUAACUAUCUCAUCUUGUAUAUAUUUUCUCUGCAUCAUUAUAUUGGCAAUAGCAAUGAUAGCACGUAGUUAACUAGUUGAA